UUUUAUUUAUUAUUUGUAGCAGAAAUGGCGACCUCUCUGAGCGCACCAAGGCUGAGCACAACCUUCUCUUCUUCCCCAACCCUACAAACCCUCCGUAGAACCCUUCCAAUCUCUCUCUCUCAUCCCUUUCUCUCUCCUCACUCUCCCUCCUCUCCUCUCUUUCUCUCUCCUCGCCGCCUCCGUCCCUCUUUCUCUCACCACCACCACCGUCGCUUCUCAGCUCGAGCGGAGUCCGAUAAUGGCGCCGAGCCUCGCCACUACGAUUUCGACCUCUUCACUGUCGGCGCCGGCAGCGGCGGCGUUAGGGCUUCUCGUUUCGCCGCCAAUUUCGGCGCUUCCGUUGCCGUCUGUGAGCUUCCUUUCGCCACCAUAUCUUCCGAAACUAGCGGAGGCGUUGGGGGAACGUGUGUGCUUCGUGGAUGUGUACCAAAGAAACUACUUGUGUUCGCAUCCAAAUAUUCUCACGAAUUUGAAGAGAGUCAUGGUUUUGGAUGGAAAUAUGAAACUGAACCCAAGCAUGAUUGGAGCACCCUGAUGGCUAAUAAGAAUGCUGAAUUGCAGCGCCUUAUUGGUAUCUACAAGAACAUUCUGAAAAAUGCUGGUGUCACUUUGAUUGAAGGGCGUGGAAAGAUUGUGGACCCACACACAGUGGAUGUAGAUGGGAAACUCUACUCGGCAAGGCACAUACUAGUUGCAGUUGGGGGACGCCCUUCCAUUCCUGAAAUUCCCGGAAGUGAAUAUGCAAUAGAUUCAGAUGCAGCCCUUGAUUUGCCUUCAAGACCUGAAAAAAUCGCAAUAGUUGGGGGAGGUUACAUUGCACUUGAAUUUGCUGGCAUCUUUAAUGGUUUGAGAAGUGACGUCCAUGUAUUCAUACGACAGAAAAAGGUUUUGAGAGGUUUUGAUGAGGAGGUCAGAGAUUUUGUUGCAGAACAGAUGUCUCUAAGAGGGAUUGAAUUUCACACAGAGGAGUCACCUCAGGCUAUCAUUAAAUCGGCAGAUGGUUCACUAUCUUUGAAAACUAACAGAGGAACAGUUGAAGGUUUUUCUCAUAUUAUGUUUGCAACAGGCCGCAAGCCUAAUACAAAGAAUUUGGGGUUGGAGAAGGUAGGGGUAAAAAUGGCAAAGAAUGGAGCAAUAGAGGUUGAUGAGUUCUCCCGUACAUCAGUUCCAUCCAUUUGGGCUGUUGGAGAUGUUACAGAUAGGGUGAAUUUAACUCCAGUUGCUUUAAUGGAGGGAGGGGCAUUGGCGAAAACUCUUUUUAGGAAUGAACCAACAAAACCGGAUCAUAGGGCUAUUCCAUCUGCUGUGUUUUCCCAGCCACCUAUUGGACAAGUCGGCCUUACGGAAGAACAGGCUGUAAAUGAAUAUGGUGAUGUUGACAUCUUCACAGCAAACUUGAGGCCCUUAAAGGCUACACUUUCUGGACUUCCAGACCGGAUUUUCAUGAAACUUAUAGUAUGUGCAAAGACAAACAAAGUCCUUGGGUUGCACAUGUGUGGAGAGGAUUCACCAGAAAUUGUGCAGGGAUUUGCAGUUGCUGUGAAAGCUGGCUUGACAAAGGCUGAAUUGGAUGCCACAGUGGGUAUUCACCCUACUUCAGCUGAGGAGUUUGUCACUAUGAGGACUCCUACAAGGAAGAUUCGAAACGGCCCUCCACCGGAGGGGACGAUGGACUCUGUGGUUAAAGCUGCAGCAGGGGUUUAGCAUUGUACCACAUUUCAUUUUUAGGUAGGUUGCCUUUGGAUAUUGAAGGUCGAAUCCCACUAAUGGAAUACAGAAACCUGGAUGUUGACUCACAGCAGUGAUCUUGGAAGGAUUGUGAAGAGCAUAGGAUGUCGAGGCUAUGGAUGAUCGAUCCUCAGUAAUGGAUAAAGUUUUGAGUAGUAGUUGCUUAGUAACGUAGUGUGAUUUUUGUUCCUUCAAAAAGCCAAAAGCCAAUGAUAUAUAGUAAACAGUUCGUUACCCUUCCCCUCCCCCACCGUCGAUCAGUGAUGGUCCAAAUCCAAUAUUGUACACUAGCAGAAUGCAUAUUAGCCACAGAUAAGUUAUUGCAAUGCCUACAGAGCGAUGGUUUCACGAUGAAGUUUUUUUUUUUUUUGGUUUGUUUUUGGUCUAUUUAAUACAAAUGAUAUAUAUUUCUUGCUCGAACUGAGGAUUUGGGUUCAAAUUGAGGAUUUGCUAGGAGUCCGAAAUAAGUUCCAUUGUAAAUCUAUGAAACUGUAACUUCUAGUGAUGAUUUUGAAACAUUGGUAUGUUGCACUCAACUGUAUUCUGAAUUUUUUAUUGGUGUA